AUGAAUUCUAUGUUCAGUUCUUUUGAUGCUUUGAGUGCUGAGUCCUUGGGCCUGAAAUUGAGGUCCCCUUUUGCGCUUGCAACUAUGGAUUGUAAUAGCAAGAGGGUUUUGAAUGGUAGUGGUAACACUAAGGUGGCAGAAGAUAAGUUGAUCAAGAAUCAAGAAGGAAGCUCCUCAAGAUCGUUGACCAGGAAACAGGGGAAGAAGAUGCCAAGGUUUGCACCAGAGCUUGAUGGGCUCAACUGUUUUGAGACCAUUCUUUCAAACGGUCUUCUACUACUUCCUGAGAUUUGGGGUGAUCAAGAUUUCCUUGAAGAGAUCAUGAAUUCUAUGUUCAGUUCUUUUGAUGCUUUGAGUGCUGAGUUCUUGGGCCUGAAAGUGAGGUCCUCUUUUGCUCUUGCAACUAUGGAUUGUAAUAGCAAGAGGGUUUUGAAUGGUAGUGGUAAUAGUAAGGUGGCAGAAGAUAAGUUGAUCAAGAAUCAAGAAGGAAGCUCCACAAGAUCGUUUACCAGGAAACAGGAGAAGAAGAUGCCAAGGUUUGCACCAGAGCUUGAUGGGCUCAACUGUUUUGAGACCAUUCUCCUAUGGCCUUUGGAAUUGGCCCUCAUGGAAGUUACCACAUGUGGGGAUCCAAAAAUAAUGAAUGAACAGCUCAUUUCUAGCUUUCACAUUUUGACUACUAUGGCUGCAUGUUUUCUACACAAGGAACUGCUCACCCCAGCUGUUGCUUGA